AUGGUACACCGUAACUGUUUUGAAGUUUUGGACAGAUCCUUAAAUGACAUUCUUUUCCCCACUGAGUAUUUACCAUGUGGAGGUAAAACUGUUCUUCUUGGUGGUGAUUUCAAACAGAUUCUUCCUGUCAUUGUCAAAGGUUCAAGAAAAGAGAUGAAUAAAUUUGCUACUUGGCUUCUAGAGAUUGGGGAAGGCAAAGCUGAAGUAAUCAAGAUGAAUGACGACGAAGAAUAUCCAAGUUGGAUAAAAAUACCUUCUAAUCUCCGUGUAAUUCCCAGGGAAGGAGACAUAAAAGAUAUAACUAUUGAGAUAUAUGACAAUAUUGAAACAUCAUAUGCUGAUCCUGAAUAUUUAAAAGAAAGAGCAAUUCUUACUGCUACUAAUGAUGUUGUUGAUUUAAUAAAUUCACGUGUUAUUAUUCAUACAAUCUGA